AUGGCGAGUAAAUCUAGCAUGAGAAGAAAUCUGCAGACUGUUCUCACCGACCUCCCUGACAUCAUUGUCGAGAUCCUGUCAUGGCUGCCACUCAAGUCGCUGUGCUGCUGCAAGUGCGUCGACACGCACUGGCGCUACCUCAUCUCCCACCCUGAACACCUUAAGAAGCUCCCACAGACCCUCGCCGGCUUCUUCUUCGACACCGAAGACAUAGGGCGCUGUCCCAAAGUAGCUCGGCACUUUGCCAAUAUCGGUGAAGGACCUCAGAUUGAUCCCAGUUACCCCUUCUUGCCGCCUGAGUUUGAGCUCGUCAGGCUGGAGGACUGUUGUGAUGGCCUUCUCUUGUGCUGCUCUUCUCAGCGUCCGUUCCGCCGUUUAGUUUGCAAUCCUUCCACAGAGAGAUGGGUCGUGUUACCAGCGUUGCCAGCUGACUCCAGUUGUGUAGCUCAGGAAGAAACCUUUCAUUUGGCUUUUGAUCGUGAUGUUUCCUCCCAUUUCCAUGUGUUUCAGAUUGUGUUGAAAGAGUGGCGGCGGGUGGCUGGCAUAAAUAUAUACUCGUCUGAAACUGGGUCAUGGAGCUUCAAGGAAAGUGGGUGGGACUCUGAUACCAGCAUUUGCACGAGCAGACGCGUGUUUUAUCAAGGCAUGUUGCAUUUUCUCAGUGCUCAGUCUACAGUAGUGUCGGUAGACAUGGAGGGGAAUAAAUGGAGGGCAAUUCCAGUGCCAGAAGGAGUGAAAAGUUCUGAGAUUGGUUUUCUUGGUCUGUCCAAAGGGCACUUGCAUUACAUGGUGCACACAGGAAAUCGCGUACAAGUUUCCAUCUGGUGCCUUGCGAAGUAUGAUUCAGAUGAAUGGACGCUGAAGCAGCAUGUGGACAAUAACAAGUUGGUGAACGUGAGACGUAUAGCCUAUGACUAUGAAUACGCUAUCAUCUCAUAUCAUCCAGAUCGUAGUUUGAUUUAUGCUAAUCAUCGAGACAACACAUUGAUGGCAUAUGACACUGAUCGCGAGGAGGCUCGCGUUCUCUGCUCUGUUGGGCGAGGCUCUUUGAUAUCAUGUUUUCCCUAUGUUGCGUUGUUCAAUGAUUCGAGUGUUCCCCUGAGUAGUUAG